AUCAAUAUAUUUUCCUUCCAAACGCGGCCUAACACUCACUCUUCCCAGUCCCUUCUUCCGAUAGACUAGGGUUCGAGCUCGUCCGUUCUCCGAACAGCCAUUUCAGCUCAAAAUCGGCUUCAAUCCAGCAAGAAUCUCCUCUUUUUUUGUGUCUCUCUCCCACUCUCACCAUCUUUCUCUCUCUAUAAAUAUAUUAUAUACACAUAUAUAUAUCUGGAACCAUAGCAUUGAAGCUCAGUCGUUGAUGGCGAAGACCAAACCAGGCAAGAAAGACUUGGACUCCUACUCCAUCAAAGGAACCAACAAAGUUGUCCGUCCUGGAGACUGUGUGUUGAUGCGGCCGUCGGACUCCGACAAGCCGCCGUACGUGGCGCGGGUGGAGAAGAUCGAGGCAGAUCACCGGAACAACGUGAAGGUUCGGGUGCGGUGGUACUACCGCCCCGAGGAGUCGAUCGGAGGCCGGAGGCAGUUCCACGGAGCCAAGGAAUUGUUUCUGUCCGACCACUACGAUGUGCAGAGUGCUCACACCAUAGAAGGGAAGUGCACUGUUCACUCCUUCAAGAACUAUACUAAGCUUGAGAAUGUCGGCGCUGAGGAUUACUUUUGCCGGUUCGAGUACAAGGCCGCUACUGGAGGGUUCACUCCAGACCGCGUGGCUGUGUAUUGCAAGUGUGAGAUGCCUUAUAAUCCAGAUGACCUAAUGGUGCAAUGUGAGGGAUGUAAGGAUUGGUUUCAUCCUUCUUGUAUGGGUAUGACUAUUGAAGAAGCAAAGAAAUUGGAUCACUUUUUGUGUUCUGAGUGUUCUUCUGAUGAUGAUGCGAAAAGAUCAUUAAACUCAUUUCCAGUGUCACCAUCUAUUGAGUCUAAGGUGGAGCCGAAGCGCAGGAAGAGAUGACUGAUUGAUUAUAAUACAUGUCAUGGAGUUUCUGCUGGCGAACCUGUUUAUCUGCUGGCAUCGAUGAAUUCACAUUGGCUCACUUUCUGAGCUGUGCCCAAAUUGAAUCAGAUCUAUAUUUCAGAUGUUGUGCUCUCUCUCUCUCUCUCUCUCUCUCUGUAAUGUUCUAUGAUUCCUCUUGUUUUCGACUUUGCUGUAAACACAAAUUCUAAGUUAUGCAAAUUUUGGCACAAAACAACCCGUAUUACAACCAAGCAGAUGAAGAAAACAACAAAGCCAAACCAGCCUGUGUGUGUACUUGUGUUUGUAUCAUUGAUUAUUAGCAUAUUGUUUUAAUGGAGUUGCCUGCGUUGAAAGGGUCAGCAACACAAGGAGGGCUCCUCGGAAUCAAGAAAUUUCUUCAGUUGACAUAAGUAGGGUUUGUAGAGUUGUUGGUGUAGCUAAGAAUUUGCAAGUUUUAUUAACUAAUCUUGGUUUGUUUAAUUAUUUCUCUUAUACAUUCAAGAGAGGAAACGUGUAAAUGAAAGGUGGAAUUUUUCCUGUGGUA